AUGGCUUCAUUAGAGAAUCAUAAGCCAAAUGAUAGUCUUCAAUCUGAUGAUGAUGAUGAAAAUACAAUUCACGUCAUAGAUAUAAGUAAUGGUUUAUUUCCUGAACAAAUACCUCAUCGUAUUGAAAGUGGUGAUACAAUUGAAUUUAAAACAAAUAAAACAGAUGAAUAUGAUGUGUUUCAAGUUUAUAAAGAUGAAGAUGAUUAUUAUAGAAUAAAUAAUGGUUUUGAAUUAUAUAAUAUAAAAAAUACUACAACAAAAAAUAACAGACGUAUUUUACUUUCAUUAGAUCUUCAACAACCAAAAAUUGAAUUAUAUUUUUGUAUCCUUCCAUCAUCACAACGUGAAAUUGUUAUAAAAUCACGGAAAUGUUCAAAUGAGAAUUGCGAAAAGAAUUGCCUUAUAGUUCAUAAGAGUGAAAUAAAAUUUUCUUUAGGUGAUAAUAAAGAAAGUCAAAAAUUAGUUUUACAUAAAGGUGAUACUAUUGAACUUGAUUGGGCAUCAAAACGUGGUAAUGGUUAUCGUAUAGAAGAAAAUAAAUAUUGUCCAAUAUCUGGUGGUCUUUAUAAAGUUGAACAAACAUCAGAAAUAACAACAAAUCGUGCUUUAUCAAAAGGAAAUUUUACCAAAACAUUUAAGGAAUUUGGUACAUCAUUUUUAUUUCGUUUAACUGAAACAAAUCAAAUUCAUGAUAUAAUUGUAUGUAUUAUUAAAGAUAAUUAUCAUAUAAAAUAUAUUGAAAUAACUGAUACAAAUAUUCAACCAAAUAUUAUAUCAAUUGAACAAAAUGAUUCAAUUAUAUUUCAAUGGAAUACAACACAAAAACAAACUAUUGUACAAAUUGAACCUUUUAUUAUCGAUCCACUAAAUCAACAAUCAAUCGAAUUAAAAACAGAAGGAAAACAUUUCUUUUGGCCAAAUGAACCAUCAUGUCGUGGUUAUAUGAUUCAUAAAUUUCAUGAAACAGGUAUUUUUUGUUUUAAAACAGCAAAUAAUCAAAUAGGAACAAUUAUUGUUGAACCAAAAAUUAAUAUUCAUUCAUUUCCAAUAUUUGGUGAUCAAUUAAUUUUAAAAAUGAAAACAACUGAUUUAAUUCAAUUUGAAUGGAAAAUGACUGAUUCACAAGAUGAACCGAUAUUAAUUACUAUUGAUGCUAAUUCAUCUGUUGUACCGGAUGUUGCUGGUGGCCUUACAGGAAUAUUUGAUUGUUCUAUGCAUAAAUGUGUCAAAGUUGAACCAUUUUUUCGUCAUCAUUUUCAUACAUGUGAAGCAUUUAUUAUUAAUAUACCACAACAUGGUCUUUAUAAUUUUGCUUAUUCUGAUAAUCGUGAUGAUGUUGUUUUAAGUGUUAUCGUUGAAAAUAGUAUUGCUAAUCAUCGUGUUACGUAUAAUGAACAAAAUAUGUUUGAACCUCAUACACUAGUUAUUAAUCGAUAUGAUCAAGUUCAGUUUAAUUCAAUAUCAACAACAUUAACAAAUAUCUAUCAAACAGAUGAAUAUGGAAAUCAUUUAGAAGAAAAUAAACCAGUAUUUCAACCACAAUUAAAUAGUAUGAAUUAUUUUAUGCAACAAUUACGACAAACUGGAAUCUAUUAUUUUUCAAACGAUAUUAGUAGUGAUGAUGAGAAAAAAUCUUUCAAAGCACCACCAUUAGCAGUUAUUGUUUUACCUGAAAUCCGUUUUCAUUAUAAAUUAAUUCGUUUAAGUGAUUUUGAUUCACAAACAAUAAUAACAACUGUGAAUGAUUUUAUUAUUUGGGAAUUUGAACAAAUCAUUCGUUUUAAUGUUAUACAAUUACGUUCAAAUGAAACUUUACAAGACUUAAUAUCAUGUCAUGAUCGUGCUAUACCUGGUCGAAAUCGACAAUGUCUUGCUGUUGAAUGUAUUAUGCCUGGAACAUUUCAUUUUGCUAAUCCGGAAUUUGAACGAGUAACUGGUUCAGAUCAGGAUCGUCUUAUAUCAACAAUUAUUAUCGAUCCACCAUUUAGCCAUGCUUGUUUUCUUAUUACUGAUCAACAAUUUAUUCCAAAUUUUUUAUGCAUUGCUCAAAACGAUACCGUCUCAUGGAUAUUAUUAGAUAAUGAUCAAUAUCAUCGAAUUUAUGUCGAAUCAGAUGAGAAUAAACGAGAAAUGAAUGAAGAUAAUCGUAUCGAUCGAUCGAUUGAACAAUAUGUUAAUGAUGUCCAUUAUUUAUAUACAUUUGAUCAAUGUGGACAAUAUACUAUUCGAUCGAAUCGUUUUAAUGAAACAGUAACUGUUAUCGUCUAUCCAGAUGAUAUCAUUCGAAGUCAAAAAAAACGAACACAACAACCUGAAUUAAUUGAAGAACUUGAUAUUGCAAGUCAAUAUGGAACAAAAGUACAUUUACAAGGUCCAAAUCAAGAUGCAACAAUAUAUUAUACUCUUGAUGGAACACUUCCAACACGACAUUAUAAAAAUGUUUAUACUUAUGAUUCAAAUAAAGGUAUAUCUUUUACAGAAUCCGGUUUACAUGUUUUACGCGCUUAUGCAACUGAAAAUGGAAAAUUAUCCAGUGCUAUUUUUACAAGCAGUCCAACAUUUGUUAUGGAAAAUGAAGAACUUGAAAUGAUAAAAGAACUUCGAGCAAUGUGGAAUGAUACAAAAAUAACAAUAUCAGCUGCAAUACAUUAUCCAAAUAAAUUAUAUGGAAAAAUUGAUGUUGAACCAACAAAUUCAACUGAUUUGAUUGAUCGUUUUGAAUUAUAUGUUGAUGAUGUAGCACAACGAGUAAAUUUAUCAGCAACUGAUGUUAAAUUUUCAGCUGAAGGUUUUGCGGGUGGUGAACAAUAUGAAAUACAUGUUGUUGCUUAUCCAAAACAAAAUAUUGUUGAUGCUGAACCUAUUUCAUCAAAUAAACGAGCAUUUGAAAUUAAACGUGAAAUUCAAGGUGGUGCACCAUUAAUAAGUUUAGCUGUAUCAAAUGAACAAAGUACAAUAUUUUUAAUGUGGGCACAUAUUGGUGAACAUGUUAGUGAAUAUGUUGUUUAUGUUGAUAGUAUUGAAACAACAACUAUUUUGGAAAAAGAUUUUAAUGAUUUUUUUGGUAUUCAAUUUCAUGGUGCUCAACAAACAAAACGAUAUAUUUUACAUGUUGAAGCAAAAUUAAAAAAUAAUAAUGAAAUUCGUAAAUCAAAUAUAAUUACUGUUAAUCCACCAUUAGAAAUGCCAUUAAAAGAACAAUUAAUCGAUCGAUAUUUUGCAUAUAUUACAGUUAAUGCUGAAUCACCACCACCUGAUAUGCGUCUCGAAGUUAUUCAUCUUGAUCAUUUUCCAAAUCGACGUCCAGAACCCAAACGUACAGUUGAAAGUCUUCCGAUUACAACUGGUCUACGAAAUGCAGUACCAACAAUAUCAUUUGAACAAAAUUCCGAUGGUAUUAUUCUGUCUUGGACAAAAAAGUCACCAGCUAUUUUAGAUUUUGUUGAAAAUUAUCGAAUUAUGAUCGAUGGCGAACAAUAUGGAGAAGUAAUAUCACCGGAAGAUGAAUCAAAACUUCAAUUGAAUCUUUCACCAGGUGAACAUGAAUGUUAUUUACUUGUUUUGCCAAAAGAUAAAGAUCAAGAAGUUUAUCAAUCGAACAUUCUUAAAUUUGAUAUACCAUCUCCUGUUGACAACACAUCAGAAGAAAACAAUACUAUUAUUCAUAAACCUCUUGAACAAGAAGAUAUUCCUAUUCCAAAUUUAAUUAUACAAAUAAUAAAACAAUCUUCAAUUCGUGCUACAUGGUCUUUAGAUCGACCAAUACCAACAGAAGCAUCUACAACUAUGUAUGAAAUUCAUAUACGUGGUGAAAAAUUUUCUGAUAAGAUAAAAAGUGAUCAAAAUUUUCAACAAGAUGGUUAUAUAGAACAUGUUUGGCGUGUAUCUAAUCCUCAAUUGGACAUAAAAGGAAUUCCCGAUCGAUACGAAUACAUAGUUUUUGUUCAAGCUUUAUUUACUAUUCAAGAACUAAGUGAAACAAAAUAUUUUACAACAACAUCAAAUGAAGUAAAAAUUGAACGAGUCAUUCCAUUAAUUGAUCUAUUACCAAGACCAAUACUUACAGUAACACGUAUUGGAUUGCAAAUGGCAAAUUUUUCAUGGAAACUUGAGAAUUCUGUUGAUCAAUCAUUAAUUAAAGGUUUUCGUAUUAUUUUAAAUAAAAAACCAACUGAAAUUUUUUCAUCUAAUCAAUAUGAAUAUGAAUUACGAAAUAUAAAAUCAGGUACAAUAAAUGAUGUAGAAGUAUCAAUUACUUGUUAUCCAGAUUUUAUUGAAGAAAAAUUAUCUAAUUCAAUACGUAUUAUAUGUCCACGACGACCACAACCAUUAAUAAUUCAAUCAAUUCAAAAUGAAAAACCAUUUUCAAUAGGAAUUAAAUGGAAAAUCGAUAAUAAUAAUAUUCAAGAUGAAAUAACAUCUUUUAAAAUAUUUCUCGAUGGAAAACUUCAUUGUGAAAUUGAUACAAAUCGACGUCAUUCAUUUAAAUAUGAAUUUGCUAAAUUACAAGCUGAUCAAACAUAUUCAAUUUAUGUUAAAUCUUGUAUUGGACAAAAGAAACUUGAAGAUAAUGUUUAUCAAUGUGAUAUUGAAUCAAAUACAUCAAAUGAAUUAGUAUUAAAAUGUUUUACUCCACCUAAAGGUACACCACCACGAAUAGAAAGGAUGUAUCCAAAUGGUAUUGAUAUUGUUUGGGAUGCACCUAUUGAGUUUGGAAAUGUCAAAGUGACCGGAUAUCAAAUAUUAAAAAAUGAUCGAGCAAUUGGCCCAUCAAUAUCACUUGAUAAACGGCGAGUAUCAAUUCAUGAUCUUGAAGUUGGAAAUCAAUAUUUAUUACAAGUCGUACCAUUAACUAAUCAAUCCGGUAGUAUUCCAUUUCAAACAGGAGAAGAAUAUGAUCCAGAACGACAUAUCUAUUGUUUACCAGGACCAAAACUCGAUGUUGAUUUUACAGAUUUAGUACAAAGUCCAUCUAAAUUUUGGAUAGAAAAUAUUUCUGGACAUUCAGCAGUUGUUUGUUGGUCAGCAAAUGAUUCAUCAAAUGUAAAUAUACAACCAGAUAGUUAUAAAUUAUUUAUUUGGAAUAGUAAAGAACAAACACGUGAUCAAGCUACUGUUAUUCCAAUAUCAAAAGAUAAAAGAAGUCAACAAUUAAAAGAUCUUCAAUCAGCUACAACAUAUGAAAUUCAAUUAGAAACCUAUAAAAGACGACGUCAUAAAAAAACAAAUGACGCCUACAUAGUUUCAGCAACAUCAAAAAUUUUAAAAUUCGAAACAGGUGCACCACCUGAUGCUCCAACAAAUAUAAAUAUAAUUGCUUGUACAAAUACAGGUGUUCGUAUAGGUUUUGAUCCAUUUAUUGAACAUAGUGCUGAAAUAAUAGCAUUACGUAUUUAUUGUGAAUCUAUAUCAUCAUUAAGAACACAUACAAAAGAAAUUAUUCUUGAUUUAACACCUGAUUCAACAGAAUUUAUUUUAUCAAAUUUAAUUGAACGUACUGAUUAUAAUUUAACAAUAUAUGCUAUAACAGAUGAAUAUUUACAUGAAAUUCAUUGUCGAGAUAUAUCACAAUUACCAAAAAAAUUAAAAUCAUCUUAUUGGUUAACAAAUAAAAGUAUACAAUUUACAACAAGUGGUUGUGAACCAGCAAGUCAAAUACAUAUAACAAGUGCAACUAUUGAAUCUAUACAACUUAAUUGGAUAUUACCAAAAGUUUAUGGUUCAACAAAAUAUCUUGGACAAAUACUUCGUUGGAAAUUACAACGUAGUGAUAUUGAACAUAGUAUGGAACUUGAUUGUAAUAUAACAAAUACAAUUAUACCUGGAAUAUUAGCAUUAGGUUUAUAUAAAAUUUCACUUGAUUCAUUAUUUAGUAUGAAAAUAACUCUUGAUGAUGAAGAUGAUGAAAUAAAUCGAAAAGAAAUACGUUUAACAACAACUGAAAUAACAUCCGUACGUUAUCGUUUUCCAGGUUUAUCAGAAAAACCUGAAAUUUAUUUAACUGGUUAUACAAAUACAACUAUUGAUUUAACAUGGAAUAAACCAAAUAUGUUUAGUAUAAUUGAUCAUCCUGAAAGAUUAAAUCAACAAAUUAAAAUACAUCGACGAUUAAUUGGUUAUAGAGUUGAAAUAAAUGGACAAAAAUAUAAUACUUUAGAUAAAGAUCAAUAUCAAUGUACAUUAACGGAAUGUCAACCAGGUGAAGAUUAUAAAGUACAAUUAAUUGUACAAAGUGUUGUUCAAAAUGAAUAUAUGGAUGAUCUAUUUUUCAAUGAUAAUGAUAAUGAUGAAGAACCAGAUGAAACAAUAUCAAAAAAAAUACAUGUUCCAAUGUUAAACAAUCAAGAUCUUCUUCGAUCAUUUCAAGCUAAUUUUGAAUUUCAUCAUAAUGUUACAAAAGAAAAUACGAUUCAACAACGAAAUGAAGUUAAACCAUUAGGAAAAAUAAAUGUUCAUUGGACAGUAUCAAAUAUAGAAAAUGUUUCACAUUUUAUUUUACAAUGGCAUUCAUCAAAAGAUUUACGUAUUCAACAAAGAGCUCUUAAUAAUAAUGAAACAUCAUUUACAAUAGAUGCACGUGAUGAAAAACAUUUUUAUAUCAUUGAAAUAAUUAUUGUUACACAUGAUGGUAUAAAACAUCAAUAUGAACCAUUAAAAAUGCCAAUACCAGGUGAACCAGAUGCACCAAAAUUAUGGCUUGUUAAAACAUCUGAUUCAAGUUUUAUUGUUGAAUGGUCUGAACCAAAAUCUUAUGGAAUACCUGUUAUUGGUUUUCAAUUAUAUAUUGAAGGAAAACAAGCAGGUGAUACAAUUGCAGUUAAUUUACAUCGUGCUGAAAUUCCUUCAAAUAUUAAUCGAACAUAUCAAGUUAGUGUUUGUGCUAUUACAAAUAAUCCUGAACGUUCACGUUCAGCUAUGUCACAUACAUUAUCAGUUUUAACAACACCACCAACAAAUCCUAUUCCAACAAUGUAUCAUAAUCAUCAUGAUAAUAGUUCAAAAUCAUUUCAUCGUAAUAUAGUAGUACGUACUAUACCUAUUCAAAUUGAAUCAAUUACAGAAGAAAAACUUCAAAUUGAUUGGACAUCAUUUUUACCUACGAUAGAAAUACGUGCGUAUUAUAUUCAUAAUACCUGUUUAAAUAAUGGUGAAAUACAAACUAUACAAAUAUCGACACGACAUCGAAAUGCAAUUUUACGUGAUUUAAUACCUGGUUUUACUUAUGAAAUAACAGUUGUAGCUGUUGAUAAAGAUGGUGACAUAGUAUAUAAAUCAGAUAUAAAUACUAUACAAAUGAGUGCUCCACCUAAUGCUCCAAUUGUUGCAAUCCGUGAACGUACAAAUGAUCAUGUAACAUUUGAAUGGCGUCCAGCACCAAGUUAUGGUGAACUUGCUGUUGUUGGCUAUAAAAUCUAUAUAAAUAAUCGUUUAGUAGCUAUUCUUUCACAUGAUCAAUUAACAUAUACAUUAACCAAUGGUUCAGCAUGUGAAGAAUAUACAGCUCAUGUUCAAGCAUUAAGUAAUGAUAAAAAUAUCUCAAGUCCAAUGUCUCGUGGUGUUAUAUUUACUUGGCCUGGUAUUAAACCAGGUGCAUUUACCCGUUUAGAUGAUGGAUUAACAGCAACAGUUGUUGUCGCUUGGGAACAUCCUCAAUUAGAAGAUGAAACAGAAAAAUUAAUUAGAUUUAAAAUUUUUUCCGAAAAUGUGACAACACAUGCUAUUCGUUUACAUGGUGAAUAUAAUGCUGAUACACAUCAAGCAACAAUUUAUGAUUUAAUUCAUGGAAAAUAUCAUCUUUGGCUUGAAAUUCAAAGUGAACAUUAUUGUGUUCGUACACGACCAAUUACAAUUGGAUCUGGUCGAUUUCGAAAUCGUCAAUUAUAUGGUUCAGCUAAAUGUUUUAUGAAAAAACAAAAACGAUUUCGUUCAACAGGAACUAUGACAAUGACACCAACACUUCGACAAAUUCAAUAUUCAUGA